GAUCGCAUCCGAUGGAGAGCUCUUUCGGCGCCCCUGAACAUGGCAAACUUUAAUGUGUUGUACUGCAUUGAUAUGGGUUCCUGUUGUAUUGUAUCUUCUCCACUUGAACCUGUUUUUCCUAGAGCUAGAAUUCUAUAAAGAAGGGUGGUCUUCCCUCCUUCCGGCAUCAUUCAUUCUUCAUCCAUCUCACACUUCACUCUACAUCCAUUGACGCAACUCAGCUACUACUUCAGAACAAUCUCCCAUCAAAAAACCAAAACCGCCACCAUGCAGUUCACUAAGACUUUCAUCACCGCUCUCUUCGCAGCCUCUAAUGUCGUCGCUGCUCCUACUCCUGCCGACAAGUCCAUGAUGGCUAAUGUCCCCCAGUGGACAAUUGAGAACCUUAAGCGGACGUGCAAUACUGCCAACACUUCAUGCACUUGGACAUUUGCUGUCGACACCCAUCUCGCUGCUGCCACAUCUUGCACAUACGUUGUCAAAGCGGCCAAAGAUGCCUCACAAGCCAACGGAGGUCCUGUCACUUGCGGACCUUACACAAUCACAUCCGGCUGGAGCGGCCAAUUUGGCCCUGGCAAUGGCUUCACUACUUUUGCUGUGACCGAUGCCGCGAAGAAGCUCAUUGUCUGGCCCGCCUAUACCGAUGUGCAGGUCCAAGCUGGCAAGGUCGUGUCGCCCAACCAGAGCUACGCCCCUACCAACUUGCCAUAGAGGGGACUAGCUUUGGUAUCCGAUUUUGAAUUUAUGAACGCUUUGGGGGCAUAUAGACGGAGGAAUAGAG